AUGGGGGCAUACGAAGUCUCGAAACUAGCGUCAUCAAAAAAAUGGGAGAUUUGCAUGGAUUUGGCGAUGGAAAUCCAGAAACACCCCAGCAUUGAAGAGGUCUCAACAUUUACCAUCCAGAGCAUAAACAGCUGGAUGACACCCAUAAUGUCCUUCCUCCAGGACAGGCACCUCCCUCAGAACACCGAAGAAGCUAAAAAGGUCAAGAAAAGGGCGGCCAGGUUCACGAUCCUUAAUGACGCCUUAUAUAAGAGAGGCUUCUCCAUGCCUUAUUUGAAGUGUGUCGACGAAGAAGAAGCUAAAUACAUACUGGAAGAAAUCCAUGGAGGAGUUUGCGGCGACCAUGCUGGCCCCAGAUCCCUGGUGGGCGCUGUUGAGAUCGUCAAGAGGUGCGACAAGUGCCAGCGAUACGGGAACGUGCAACGGCUUCCAGCAAAGAAACUGACGACCAUAUCCUCCCCAUGGCCAUUUGCACAAUGGGGGAUCGACAUCGUCGACCCACUACCCCAAGAUAAUGGGAGGCAGUUCGACAGCCAAGAGUUCAAAGACUUCUGCUCAAACCUUGGGAUCAAUAAUCAGUUCUCGUCCCCGGGGCAUCCCCAGGCAAACCGACAGACGGAAGUGACGAAUCGAACGCUACUCAAGAUUAUCAAAACCAAGCUGGACAACGCGAAGGAUGCCUGGCCAGAAGAAUUACCUAAUGUCCUGUGGGCUUACAGAACCACAGCAAGAACCCUAACAGGAGAGACCCCCUUCAGGCUUACCUAUGGCACGGAAGUAGUAAUCCCAGUCGAAGUAGGAGUAAUAAGCGUCAGACGAGGGACAUUCAACUUAGGGUGCAAUGACGAUGAACUGCGACUCAACCUGGACUGUCUGGAUGAAGUAAGAGACAACGCAUCCAGCAAGAUGACGAAGUACCAGCUGAAGAUGGUCGAAUACUACAAUAAGAGGGUUAAACUCAAACGACUGGACAUAGGAGAUCUCGUCUUGCGCAAGACCACCACAGUAACUAAAGACCCUACCCAAGGAAAGCUGGGUCCCACAUGGGAAGGGCCUUAUCGAGUUACUCGCUACUUAAGACAUGGCAGUUACCACCUUGAAACCAUGGACGAACAAAGACUCCCUCGACCAUGGAACAUCAAUCAUUUAAAAAAGUACCACAAGUAG